CUCACAUCCGGCGCGGGAGUCCCGAGCUCGCGGCGCGCUCCCCGUGUGCCCGCCGGCUCUACCCGCAGCGUGACCCGGCGCCGGCCACGGGGAGGAGGGUUCGCUAGGUUCUUUGAGCUGGAGGCCGCGCCACCCGCAAGCGCUCACCGCCCCCCUCCCCUGUUUGCUUUCCCUGCCGCCCUCCCGUUCUCACUCUGCCCGGCUUCACCACCGCGGGCGCGGAGGAGCGGAGCGCGAACACCCGGCGCGGCCCGGGCACUGCCGCGGCGCCUCCCUCCCUAGCCCGGCUGAGGGCGAUGGGGCUGGGCUGAGGCGAGGCGGCCACAGCGGCGUCCUGGCCCCCCCGUGGCUUCGGUGCUGCCCCGGCCGGGUGACCGCGGAGGCCACGGCCCGGCGGCACGGCUGGUCUGACAGAAGCAUCUAGGAUCUUCUGGACAUAGGAGCUAUUGUGAAACACAGGAUCUUUCAAACCACUGUAGAGAUGGACAAAGAAGAAAGGAAGACUAUCAACCAGGGUCAAGAAGAUGAAAUGGAGAUACAUGGCUAUAACUUAUGCCGCUGGAAGCUUGUCAUUGUUUCUUUAGGUGUGAUCUGCACUGGUGGGUUUCUCCUCCUCCUCCUCUACUGGAUGCCUGAGUGGCGGGUAAAAGCUACCUGUAUUAGAACUGCAGUUAAAGACUGUGAAGUGGUGCUGUUAAGGACUACUGAUGAAUUCAAAAUGUGGUUUUGUGCAAAAAUUCGCUUUCUUCCUCUGGAAAGUAAACCAACUUUGGAUACAAAAUCUUUAGUUAAGAUUUCUAAUGGCCAUGCAGUUCAUUUAACUGAGAAUCUAGCUGAAGAAAAUAGGCGUGAGAUGAACAAACAUUCACAGACUCAGUCACAACAGAUUCGUUAUUUUACCCACCAUAGCAUAAAAUAUUUCUGGAAUGAUACCAUUCACAAUUUUGAUUUCUUAAAGGGACUGGAUGAAGGUGUUUCUUGUACAUCAAUUUAUGAAAAGCAUAGUGCAGGACUGACAAAGGGGAUGCAUGCCUACAGAAAGUUGCUUUAUGGAGUAAAUGAAAUUGCUGUGAAAGUGCCUUCUGUGUUUAAGCUUCUAAUUAAAGAGGUUCUCAACCCAUUUUACAUUUUUCAGCUGUUCAGUGUUAUACUGUGGAGCAUUGAUGAAUACUAUUACUAUGCCCUAGCCAUUGUGAUUAUGUCCAUAGUAUCGAUUGUAAGCUCACUAUAUUCCAUUAGAAAGCAAUAUGUUAUGUUGCAUGACAUGGUGGCAGCUCAUAGUACCGUGAGAGUUUCAGUUUGUAGAGUAAAUGAAGAAGUAGAAGAAAUCUUUUCUACAGACCUUGUGCCAGGAGAUGUCAUGGUCAUUCCAUUAAAUGGGACAGUUAUGCCUUGUGAUGCAGUACUUAUUAGUGGUACUUGCAUCGUAAAUGAAAGCAUGUUAACAGGAGAAAGUGUUCCAGUGACAAAGACUAAUUUGCCAAAUCCUUCAGUGGAUGUAAAAGGAAUGGGAGAGGAAUUAUAUAGUCCAGAAACACAUAAACGCCACACUUUGUUUUGUGGGACGACUGUUAUUCAGACCCGUUUCUACACUGGAGAACUUGUGAAAGCCAUAGUAGUUAGAACAGGAUUUAGUACUUCUAAAGGACAGCUUGUUCGUUCUAUACUAUAUCCCAAACCAACUGAUUUUAAACUCUACAGAGAUGCCUACUUGUUUCUACUGUGUCUUGUAGCAGUGGCUGGCAUUGGAUUCAUCUACACAAUUAUCAAUAGCAUUUUAAACAAGGAAGAAGUUGGGGAAAUAAUAAUUAAAUCUCUUGAUAUCAUUACAAUUACUGUGCCACCUGCACUUCCUGCUGCAAUGACUGCUGGGAUUGUGUAUGCACAGAGAAGGCUGAAAAAAGUUGGGAUUUUCUGUAUCAGUCCCCAAAGGAUAAAUAUUUGUGGACAGCUGAAUCUUGUUUGCUUUGACAAGACUGGAACUCUUACUGAAGAUGGCUUAGAUCUGUGGGGGAUUCAACGAGUGGAAAAUACUCGAUUUCUUUUACCAGAAGAGAGUGUUUGCAGUGAGAUGUUGGUAAAAUCUCAGUUUGUUGCUUGCAUGGCUACUUGUCAUUCCCUUACAAAAAUUGAAGGAGUUCUUUCUGGUGACCCACUUGAUUUGAAAAUGUUUGAAGCCAUUGGAUGGAUUCUUGAAGAAGCAACUGAAGAAGAAACAGCUCUUCAUAAUCGAAUUAUGCCCACUGUGGUUCGUCCUUCCAAACAGCUGCUUCCUGAAUCUACACCUGCAAGAAAUCAAGAAAUGGAGCUGUUUGAACUUCCAGCUAUUUAUGAGAUAGGAAUUGUUCGCCAGUUCCCAUUUUCUUCUGCUUUACAACGUAUGAGUGUGGUUGCAAGGGUGCUGGGCGAUAAGAAAAUGGACGCCUACAUGAAAGGAGCCCCUGAGGUCAUUGCCAGUCUUUGCAAACCUGAGACAGUUCCAGUGGAUUUUGAGAAAGUUUUAGAAGAUUAUACCAAACAGGGCUUCCGUGUGAUUGCUCUUGCACACAGAAAAUUGGAGUCAAGACUGACAUGGCAUAAAGUGCAACAUAUUAGCAGAGAUGCCAUUGAAAACAACAUGGAUUUUAUGGGCUUAAUUAUAAUGCAGAACAAAUUAAAACAAGAAACACCUGCAGUACUUGAAGAUUUGCAUAAAGCCAACAUUCGCACUGUCAUGGUCACAGGUGAUAACAUGUUGACUGCUGUCUCUGUGGCCAGAGACUGUGGAAUGAUUCUACCUCAGGAUAAAGUUAUUAUUGCUGAAGCAUUACCUCCAAAGGAUGGGAAAGUUGCCAAGAUCAAUUGGCAUUAUGCGGACUCCCUGACACAGUGCAGUGAUUCAUCAGCAAUUGACUCAGAGGCUAUUCCAAUUAAAUUGGUCCAUGAUAGCUUAGAGGAUCUUCAAUUGACACGUUACCAUUUUGCAAUGAAUGGAAAAUCAUUUUCAGUAAUACUGGAGCAUUUUCAAGACCUUGUUCCUAAGUUGAUGUUGCACGGCACUGUGUUUGCCCGUAUGGCACCUGAUCAGAAGACACAAUUAGUAGAAGCAUUGCAGAAUGUAGAUUACUUUGUUGGGAUGUGCGGUGAUGGUGCAAAUGAUUGUGGUGCUUUGAAGAGGGCACAUGGUGGCAUUUCCUUAUCUGAGCUUGAAGCUUCAGUGGCAUCUCCUUUUACCUCUAAAACUCCCAGUAUUUCCUGUGUGCCAAACCUUAUCAGGGAAGGCCGUGCUGCUUUAAUGACAUCCUUCUGUGUGUUUAAAUUUAUGGCACUGUACAGCAUCAUACAGUACUUCAGUGUUACUCUCCUGUAUUCUAUCUUAAGUAACCUGGGAGAUUUUCAGUUUCUCUUCAUUGAUCUGGCAAUCAUUUUGGUAGUGGUAUUUACAAUGAGUUUAAAUCCUGCCUGGAAAGAUCUCGUGGCCCAAAGACCACCUUCAGGUCUUAUAUCUGGGGCUCUACUCUUCUCCGUUUUGUCUCAGAUCAUCAUCUGCAUUGGAUUUCAGUCUCUGGGGUUUUUUUGGGUCAAGCAGUAUAAAGUGUGGUGGGAUCCAUAUUCAGAUGCUUGUAAUACAACAAGAAGCCUAUGUUGGAACUCAUCACACUUAUACAAUGAAACCGAACUCGAGAAGUGUAAAAUACAAAAUUAUGAAAAUACCACAGUGUUUUUUAUCUCCAGUUUUCAGUACCUCAUUGUGGCAAUUGCUUUUUCAAAAGGAAAGCCCUUCAGGCAACCUUGCUACAAGAAUUACUUUUUUGUUAUAUCUGUGAUUAUUUUGUAUGUUUUCAUAUUAUUCAUCAUGUUGCAUCCAGUUGCCUCUGUCCAACAGGUUCUUGAGAUUGUGUGUGUGCCAUACCAGUGGCGCCUGCAUCUGCUCAUCAUUGUUCUUACCAAUGCCUUUGUGUCUAUCAUGGUGGAGAGCUUCUUCCUUGACACGGUCCUUUGGAAAGUUGUGUUCAAUCGAGACAAACAAGGAGAGUGUCGUUUCACCACCACACAGCCACCACAGGAGUCAGUGGAUCGAUGGGGGAAAUGCUGCUUGUCCUGGGCCUUGAGCUGUAGGAAGAAAACACCAAAGGCAAAGUACAUGUACCUGGCGCAGGAACUCUUGGUUGACCCUGAAUGGCCACCCAAACCUCAGACAACGACAGAAGCUAAAGCUUCAGUGAAGGAGAAGGGAUCAUGUCAGAUCAGCACCAUAGCAUAGCAGACUCAGUCUCAUUGUCCAGGAGGAUGUGGUUUUAGGGUUUUUGGAUUCUGUGUGUCGGAAUACACUAUUACAGUUUAUAUCCUUUCUGAUAAUACAGUAGCUGGUUAAAAAAACCACACAGAAAAAUGGCAUUUGCCUCACAGUUAUUAACUGUCAACUUGUCUAUAUCUUCAUGCAGUAACCUAAAUAUGAUACAAACAUUUCCAGAAUUUACAUUGUUACCCUAAUGAUAUUCUUUAUAUUGGUUAUAAGAGAGUGGUGUUUGGUAGGUUUUUGAAUAUUAGCUUUUGACAUUAGUUUGCUUCUUGAAAUUCAUUUUCACAAACCCUUUUAUUAGAAAGCUCCUUUUUAUAAACAGGCCCUAAAAUUGUGACUGUUAAAAAUAAUUAACCUUCAGUAAAAAUAGGCUAAAAGCCUAUUUUCAUUUGAUGCCAGUGUUUCUUCCAAAGAAUGCUGUGUUAAACAUACACCAGUUUCCUUUGAUAUCCCGGAGUUAGGAGUGAUCCUGUGUGGUAUUGCUUAUAGAACAACUCAGGUAAUUUCCAUUUAUGGUCUUAUAUUCUCUGUAUAGACUGCCUGGGUUUUACUUCCUAAUCAGCAAGGUGCUUCAUGGCCUUCUUGAGACAUCCUUCAUAGCUUUUCAGUGGGUCUUGUGCUGUGUCAGUAGUUUAGUUUGCAUCAGCCAAAUGUUGUGGAACCUUUUACGAGGAAAGAUUAUUUCUAAACCAGGCGUGAUCAUAGAUACCUGUAUCCCUGCAUCCCUGCUCAAGAAAUUACUGCAGGGGGAUUGGGAUUGUUGCAAGUGCAAGGCCAGCCUGGAAUGCAUAGUGAAACCCUUCAAACAGAAACACAGACACACACGCACGCACGCACGCACGCGCGCGGAGUGGGAGAGAUUGAGAUGAUUUCUUUUGGCAGAUCCACCUGUUUUGUUUUUCUGUCAGUAAUUAUAUAAUUUUAAAUGUCUUUUCCUUUUCUCCCCCCCUUUUUUUGUUGUUGUUUUUUAACCUAAAGAUACACGGUAAUACUGUUUGUUUUAAGGCUAGGUGUAUCUCUCUCCCUUGUAUUGAUAAUGAGGCUUAAAAGAAUAAUGAAUACUGAAUUUGAAUGGCUGCCUUUUCUAAGCAAUGUGAACUUGAUGAGAGCUUGUUGCAUGCCAUUAGGUGGCGCCAGAAACCACUGUUCACCUGUUUUGUUACAGAUGAACAUACUUGGUGUGGCAGGUUCUAGGAGGAAAAAAAAAUUGAGGAAAUUAAAAAAUAGACAUUCAUUGAGCCAGAAGAAAUGGAGGAAAUAUUUUUUACUUAUGUGUUUUACCUGGUUAAUGUUUAAAUUCUCAAGGAACUGAAAGAAACUUUCAUGAUGCCUUCAGAUGUAGGAGCCAGCAAUUUGGCAAUACCCACAGUUAUGAUAGACCAGGGAAACUGGUGUUGCUAUAAAAUGGACUCUAACUUAGCAGACAACCACGUGACAUUAUUGUGCGUUCUUAAUUAACCAAUCACGUGUGCUUUCCACUUCUAGUUGAUGAUCACUUUCCCAGUACAUACUUAGCUGUUCACCAGCUGUUACCCAGAAUUUUUUUCUUAGAGCCAUGUUUUUUCUUUCUUUUUUUUAAUGCUGGAUGAUGUUUCAUAAUUGUAGAAAAAUGUAAAUUACACUCAGGAUCACUAUUACUGCUGUUGCCACUGGUGAUUCUUACAAAAUACAUAAUCGAAGUUUUCCAACAAACUGUAUGAUAUUAAUAUGCAUUAGAUGAUAAGAACAAUGUUUCAUGAAUGAUUCUCUGAAGCUAUGCAUCUUAGACCUCUGGAGCUGUGAAUUAGCACUAUUUUCUAUAGUUAUUCUCGUUUUAUAAUUUCCAUAUUCAUUUCAAAUAUGCUUAUGUAUCUUUAGUGAUUUUUCUGAAUUGUAAGUUUCCUUUAGUUUAAAUACUGAAACAUAAAGAGUAAUAGCUAAGUACAGCUUAAAAAUCCAGUAUUGAUUGUAUUGAACAUCUUUAAAAGCAUGGUCAUCAAAAGCUAUUUUUGACGCAAAUUCCCUUUUAACAUUUAGAGCUGAUAAGGUUUAUAUCUCAUUUGUCCAUGUUGUUUUCAAAGGAAAAAGGCUUUAUGUAGGUGGGAAAGCAUUUGUAGGAAGCUAUAUUUGAACACAGAAAGAGGUGGGUUAUUCAGUUGAGAAUGGAAUGUUAUUUGAAUGUCUGAAUCUAAGUGUGAGUCAUACUUCGUGCCAUAGGUAGACUGAGUCUUUUCUGUAGGUCACCAUUACAUAGCAAUUUUGGUUCUGACUUUUAUAUUAAAUUAUUUGGGUGUAUACAGACCUAAAAUUUAAAAUCUGUACAUAUGUUAUUUUGAUGUAUUAAGAUUGAUAAUAUUGCUGGUUUAAAUUUUAUUUAUGCACAUAAAGGACAGAAAUGUCCGUGAAAGUAAUUGUUAAAUAAUGAUAUGUAACUUUUUAACUUUUUAAAUAAAUAACAAGAUUUUUAAUGUGGGUCUCCCUCAGGGUGUUUAAAGUUGUUUGUUUUCCUCCCUCAAAUAUAAAUAGUGGUAACUAAGUUUUCUAUCUUCUAGCACCAACUGCUGCUGUAAAGCAAUGCUGCAAAUAAUGCUUGAACGAGCGUGGCCAAGCCCACAGCAAAUUAGUACUUUUAUAAUAGUUUUAUAAUCCUGAAAUUCGAAAGCUUUCCAAAUUGCACUUGCAUUUAAGCAAGCCUGUUACAGUUUUUACUCUUAUUUAUUUUUGUUUCCCAUGUUGAUGAAAGUGCUGCACAGUUUCAAAGGCAUGGUAAAUAAAUUUUUUGUAGUCUAUUAAAAAACAGUGAUAGAUAAUAUCCAGUAGGAACAAGAACAAGAUUCAAGCUUUAGAAAACAUUCUAAUAUUUCAUGCAUGCAGUUUUGACAUAUCUAAGGAAAGGUUUUUGUAUAUUUAUGGUGGGAGGUUGUUGGGAACUUUUAACAAAAUAGGGUAUUAAUUUUUGUACAGUGUGGGCAUUUACAUAUUUUUGAUGUAUUAAAAUUUGGUAAAUAUGUGCACAUGAAAUUAAUAAAAGUUAACUUCCUGUUAUGAUUUGUGGAUUCCCUAAGACCUUGGAUUUUUUAAGUAACUUUAUACCAGAAAUGAUACUGCAUCUUUAUAUUUUUUAAAUUGUAUUGCUGCUCAAGAAUGGUACCCUGUUGUCAAAAGGCAUACAUUCAUAAUUGUACAUUCAGCAUUGUAAAUAACCUUAGGAAAUCUUUUUUGAUUAAAGCUAUUCAAAAUAAAAAAUGAAUGAAAUGA